AUUUGUACAGGGAAUUGGGAAUACUCAACAUCAUGGCCAGCGGCGCCCCCAAGCCGCCGAGAGGUGGGGAAAUGGCGAGGUGGUCGGGUGGAUUCACGGAGGCCGAAAUGCAGGCGGCUGCAUUCAGGCGCCGAAUGAAGGCGGGAGGUAACGAUGUCGAGACUCUAAAAUCCGAGAAGAAGAAGAAAAAGAAGGAGAAGAAGGCCAAGAAAGCCAAGAAGAACCAUCGUCAUGAAGGAAAGGACGAAUUUGGACGCGAUAUACUCCCCGGAACAACGCCGCCGUCGCGGUCGCCAUCUGAGAGCUCUCGGUCCAGUUCGCCGCCACCGGACCCCGUGCGACCAGACCUGGACGAGCAACGACACAACAUCAAACACACACCACGUCCACCGAGCAGUCGAAGCCGCAGCCGUGACCGAAGUCGCAGUCGUGAGCGCAGUCGAGGUCGAAGCCGCGAACGAACUGCAUCAAGACGGAAUCGAAGCCGCGAACGAAAUGCAACGCGAAGUCGAAGUCGAAGCCGUGGUCGCCGGUCAGACGUUGCCAAGAAACCCUGGACGCACGAUGCAUUCUUCAAUCGCAGCCCGAGUCCCAUUCGGCAAAUCGAUCCGUUCUACAAGCCCAACCCAGAAUCAUGGGUCUCUCGCGCUGGGGGCGUCUACCUGCCAAAGCAAUAGAUGUGCGUUCGGUCCAUCCAUCCGAGCGAGCAUGUAGAUUGCCGGAUGCUCGUGACCUACACGAUAAAAUAUAUUUGAGAUAUCACCCAUUUUAUGAAAUAUUUGGCGUCGCG